AUGAAUACUACAACCACAGACACGAAGCCGGAGGCGGCCCACGAGAUGCCGGCGCACCACCCCUCAGACCCUCAAGUUGCCUUGUCUCCGUCACCGCAACCCACGUACCACAACGACGGGCCUCACAUAUCGCAACCACAGUCGCCAUACCAGAACGAUGCGCAGCACGUAGCACAACCCCAACCGACUUACCAGGGCAAUGGACAGCACGAUCAGAACAAGGCAGCGCCCCAGCAAACCCAUAUGGUGCACCCAACACCGCUGGCGCAGCUGGGCGCCAUGCCAGCUCUCAUCGACUGUCCUUUCUGCAGCCACCGGGGCCCGACCCGUGUUGACGAACACAGCUCUAGCACCACCAUUCUCGCAGGUAUCGGCAUAGGCUGUCUCUGCAUCUGUCUCGCCUGUCUGCCGUGCAUGCUGCACUGGUUCUACGAUGUUGACCACUACUGCACCCACUGCAACCAGCGCGUGUGUUUCGUCCCCAACGGCGGCAUCCCGCAACCCGUCCACCCCCAACAGGGCGCACCGCAGCACUACGUCAUGGGACCGCAGCCACAGUACGGCGCGCAAACGAAGACGCAGGAACAGCAGCAACAGGCACCGCGUCAGUACAGUUAG